AGCGCGCCGGGGCGGCGGCAGGGCCGCGGGGAGGCGGCGGCGGCGGCCCCCGCCGAGGCCCGGUGCCGAGCCGGUCCUCCCAUCCGUCCGCCGCCGCCGCCGCCUCUCGGCCGAUGCGUUGGCGGCGUCCGCCAUGGACAAGAUCCUGGAGGGGCUGGUGAGCUCGGCGCACCCGCUGCCGCUGAAGCGAGUGAUCGUGCAGCGGGUGGUGGAGCUGGCCGAGACGCCGCUGAGCCGGGCGCAGUGCCGCGCCAUGUUCGCGCUGGGCACCCGGCUGGUGCUGCAGGGCCCCGACCGCUUCCAGCGGCAGGUGGGCCGGCAGGUGCUGGAGGCCUACGGCCGUUACCACCGCGCCGAGUUCGAGGCGUUCUUCGACCGCGGGCUCGUCCUCGGCCUCCUGCAGCGCGGCUACGGCGAGCUGAGCAACCGCGACCCGGCCAUCCUGGACUACAUCCAGGCCGGGCUGCGCCUCAUCAUGAGCUGCCCCUCGGUGCUGGAGCUCUUCGAGCUGCUGCAGGUGGAGGCGCUGCGCCUGGUGUGCGAGCGGCCGGCGCCGCCGCUCUGCGCCCGCCUCUGCCAGCUGCUGGGAGACUUCCCGCAGUGCCUGCCCCGCGGCAGGAAGCUCUCGCUCGCCUUCUGCCAGCAGCUGGUGCGCAGCAUCGCCCACUUCCAGAGCCAGGGCAGCCGGGAGGCCGAGCUGCGCCUCUACGUCUCGCAGGUGACGCAGGUGAGCGGGCUGCUGCGCAGCGUCUGGAAGGCCGAGCCCGACACGCUGCUGCCCUCCCUGCAGGAGCUCUUCGCCGUCAUCUCGGCUGCCGAUACUUCAUUUGAACCAUCGGUUGCGCUGGCAAGUCUUGUGCAGCACAUACCAUUACAGAUGAUAACAGUACUCAUCAUGAGCCUUACUACAGAUCCGAAUGUGAAAGAUGCAAGUAUGACUCAAGCUCUGUGCAGGAUGAUUGACUGGUUGUCUUGGCCUCUGGCUCAGCACGUAGAAACUUGGGUGAUUGCACUGCUGAAAGGACUAGCUGCAGUCCAGAAAUUUACUAUCCUUAUUGAUGUCACUCUGCUAAAGAUUGAGUUGGUAUUUAAUCGACUUUGGUUUCCUCUAGUGAGGCCUGGUGCCCUUGCUGUCCUUUCCCACAUGUUACUUAGUUUCCAACAUUCUCCAGAAGCUUUUCAUUUGGUUGUGCCACACGUGGUCAGCUUGGUUCACUCCUUCAAAAGUGAUGGUUUACCUUCCAGUACAGCAUUUUUGAUGCAGUUGACUGAGUUGAUACACUGUAUGAUGUAUCAUUAUUCAGGUUUUCCAGAGCUCUAUGAACCCAUUCUGGAAGCUAUUAAGGAUAUGCCCAAACCCAGUGAGGAGAAGAUUAAGUUGAUUCUCAGUCAGAGCGCCUGGACUUCUCAAUCCAGUUCUUUGCCAUCUUGUUUAUCUAGACUUUCUGGAAAAUCUGAAACUGGGAAGACAGGUCUAAUUAAUCUGGGAAAUACUUGCUACAUGAACAGUGUUAUUCAGGCACUUUUUAUGGCUACAGAUUUCAGAAGACAUGUUUUAUCUCUGAAUCUAAAUGGGUGUAAUUCACUAAUGAGAAAAUUGCAGCAUCUUUUUGCAUUUUUGGCCCAUACCCAGAGGGAGGCAUAUGCUCCUAGAAUUUUCUUCGAGGCUUCCAGGCCACCAUGGUUCACUCCUCGAUCCCAGCAGGAUUGCUCAGAAUAUCUCCGGUUCCUUCUAGACAGGCUGCAUGAAGAAGAGAAAACCUUGAAAGCAUUGUCUUCAGCAAAGGCUCCUGAAAGUAGGAAGAAUGAUGAGUCCCAGACACAAGAAACUGUCCAUAAAGCACAGGUAUUUGUUGAAGCACCUUGUAUGGGAAGUGAAGAAAAAACUCUCAUAGAGAAAAUGUUUGGAGGAAAACUGAAGACUACUAUAUGCUGUUUGAACUGCAAAAGCACAUCUCAAAAGGAAGAAGCUUUCACAGAUCUCUCUCUGGCUUUCUGUCCUCCAGCAUCCUUGGAGAAUGUUGGUUCAAAAUGUGUGGACUGUUCUGAAAUGAAAGAUGACUGUGGGGUGGAAACAAGUACUUCAGCAACUAUUCCUGCUGGAGAAACGUCUCUCAAUAGCUUGGAAAUAAAUGGUGGAUGCGAUGCAGUUACGAUUGAAGGAACCACAAAAGAUUUUUCUGCUGAGCCAAACUCUGAGACCAAUUCUGAACUCAACAGAAGUCAAGAAAACAGGGACAUGUCUCAGAGGCUAGUAGGGAAAAACACCCCAUCAGUUACAGACUUACUGAAUUAUUUUCUGGCACCUGAGAUCCUCAGUGGAGACAAUAAAUACUAUUGUGAAAAGUGUGCCUCUCUACAGAACGCUGAGAAAACUAUGCAAAUCAUUGAGGAACCUGAAUACCUCAUUCUCACUCUUCUGAGAUUUUCAUAUGAUCCAAAGUGUCAUAUAAGACGUAAGAUCUUGGACAAUGUUUCUCUGCCACUUGUUUUGGAACUGCCAGUCAAAAGAGCAACAUCGCCUCUACCUGUAGUUUCAGGAGGUUGGUCUGUUGAUGCUGAGGUUUCUGAUAUUGGAGAAAAUCUUGCUAAAAAACUUAAGCCCUCUGGUGCUGAUGAAGUGUCCUGUCCACAGCUGGUGCCCUAUACGCUAAGCUCUGUGGUGGUGCACUCUGGUGUAUCCUCUGAAAGUGGACAUUACUAUUCAUAUGCUAGGAAUGUUACUGGUUCAGGGCCUUCAGGACUGCGUCAUCAGUCUAAAGCUCUCUCUUUAGUUUGUCCUCAAAAUAAGUUGUUGGCAGAGGAGAGUCCUUGUACUGUUAUAGAAAAUGAGCUGGACACUGAGAUGUCAAAAGAAUGGUUUCUGUUCAAUGACAGUAGAGUGACAUUUACCUCAUUUCAGUCAGUCCAGAAAAUUACCAGUAGAUUUCCAAAGGACACUGCUUAUGUUCUCUUUUACAAAAAACAAAAUAACACCUGUGGCUUCAACACCAAUUCAGCAAAUGGACUCUGGGUAAAUGGAGACCCUCCCUUGCAAAAAGACCUCAUGGAUGCAAUUACGAAAGAUAACAAACUAUACUUGCAGGAGCAAGAGCUUAGUGCUCGAACACAAGCACUUCAAGCUGCUUCAGCCUCGUGCUCUUUCCGCCCCAAUGGAUUUGAUGACAACGAUCCCCCGGGAAGCUGUGGACCAGCAGGUGGAGGAGGAGGGGGUGGGUUCAGUACUGUUGGUAGAUUAGUCUUUUGACUACGAAGACGACCUGGAAUACACUGGUUCCGAAGCAGCCCAGUAAUGCUGAGGACAAUUAAAAUUUUGGAACGUUGUCAUAUAUUGUACCAAGUUUUGCGACUUGAUUCCUGUUCAAAAGCAAAUGUUGGGGUUUUUUUUGCUUGUGUUUUAUUUGAAAUAAAUAAGCGCAUAAUCAAAAAAAACUACCUCUUAAAAAUUCAGUUGCUUUUAUGGUGAGAAACACUUGCCCAAAAGACAAAGUGGAGAUUUUUAAGUAGUUUUUAAUGACAGUGCACUAAACUCAACAAGUGCACGUACAUCAUUUUCUAUUAUCCUUAUCCACUGAAUGAGGAAAGUUCCUUUUGACUCUGAUGGUGUCGCUUUAUGUGGAAAUGAUUUUGGAUGGGUUAUACUGCAUACAUAGUUUCCCACCCCACCUUAUUAACAAAUCCGAUACCUUUAUGACAUGUAAAUAUGAUGCAAUCUUAUAAUGAAGGCAAUAACUUAAGAUGUGACAUGCUACAAUACUUUAAAAAAUAUUCAUUUCCAGCAUAAAUGUAAAGAAGAAAAACAUAUAAAUAUUUAUGAUGUUUUCCAAAAGUGCAUGUUCUGUAGGAACAAUGUUUUUAAAUAGAAGUUAACUUUGUAGUGUUUCUAAUUUUUUGAGAAUUUUGAAAUUAUUUCAGGGAAUAUAUCUGCUGUGUAUUUGAAAGAAAGAAAUUCUGUAUGUGCCUUGCAGUACUGUAACUUAAAAACAACUUUCUGAGGCUGCAGAAAAGGGACAAUAUGUUAGUCAUUUUUUUUCAGUAUUAGAAAUCAAUCUGGGUUUAGAAAGCUAUUAGGCUUCCAGAAAUUAAAAAAAAAAAAAAUCCAGUAGUUUGAAAUGCAGUAAGUUUUUUCCAUUAUUUUUGAUUCAAAAGGCUAAACCUAGUGAUUUAAUUGGUUAAGAUGGUCAUAAUUAUUGAGCUAUACUUCUGAAAUAGCAGGAAGGCUACCUGUAUUGAUCCUUCAUGAGGAUCCGUGCUUCUAAGAGUCCUUUCAAGUUUGGCCUUCUGAUUUUGCUUGUAGAGAAAUUUCUGGUGAGUUCAGGUUUUAAGUGUAUGCAGAAGACCAAAAUGGCAUUGUCUGUGGAGCAAUGUUUGCUGGCUUGUUCUGUUAGUCUUGGCAGAAACAGAAGCUUUGUUUUUAAUGUGCAAUGAGGAUAACAGAAGUAAAUGAAUUACACUGAAUAUGGUGAUUAAUUCUUAACUUGAAUAAUCUUAUAGUGAAGUGUAAAUUUAUUUAAAGUAUUUUUACAAGAUUCUGCACUGUUUUGCUGUGUUUUUAUAUUAAGUGACAAAGCGUAUCCUUAAAAAGCAUGCAAACCUGGCAGGUGUUAGCUUAACUGUAUAAUUUUUUUCAGAAAAUGCCUUUAAAAAGCAUUAAAUGAGUUUAAAACAAAUUGUUCAUAUAAUAUCAAAUAUUUGGAUUUUAGUCCAUAGUAAGGUAUCUUAGCUUGCAAACUAUUUUUAUAUUAUCACUAAAACUGUGUUACUUGCUCUGCUAUAGGUUCAUGUUACUGCUCAAGAAGGCUAGAGCAGGUCACGCUCAUUUUUUUAGUAGGUUUCAAGCUUUGACUGUAGUACCUCAGCUUUGACCUGUGCUUUCAUUGCUGCCUCAGUUGUAGGUCUCUGAAUUAGGGGAUUGAGCUGCAGAAAGGGGGGAUAUUAUGAGACCAGUGUGAGUAAUGUUCUCAUUCAGUUUGGGUGAGGUUGUCUUGAAAGCUUCCUCUAUCUUAUAAUCCUGUAGCUUUCAGUCCGAGAAGGUUUUUUAUUUCCUUUUGGGUUUCUUUGCCAGUUGGCUCUGGCUUUAAAAUGUUCUUAUGACAGGUAAAUUGUUUUGGUCUUCCAAAUUAUGGAAAGGACACUAUAAAAAGCUGUUUAUUUGUGUUACAGUGGGAGCAUUUUCUCUCUACUUAUCACUUUACUGUUCAUUUUAAGACACUAGAAGUUAAAAGCAGGAGCAAGUGUUUUUACUCUAUAUGAAAUCAGUUUUGUAAAGGUCAAUCUUGUUUUUACUUUCUCAAAGCAAAAAUGCAAAUUAUGUAUCCCACCAAAAAAAAAAGUCUGGUAUGACUCUUGUAUACCUAUUGUACUAUAUCUAUUUCAUGAGCUCUUAGAAGGCUUUCUAUGCUCUUGUUAGCCUAUUCUAACUUAGAUGUUAAAUAUGGAAACUUUGUCGGAGGAAUGCCGUAGGGUUGGAUCUCCCUUAAGUGUAAAAUGAUGGUAUGUCUGAAACUGAAAAUCUCCUUUUUUUACUUGACUUCUGUUGAUGCAGUUACUUUGGUUUUACAAAUAGAUUUUUAAACUCAAAAUACCUAUUUGAGAGUCUGCCUGUUGACCUGUCAACCCUCAUAGGCAGAUGGAUACCUUAAUGUGGAAGGCUUCAAUAAAGCUAGUGAAAGUGGAGUGUUUCUCACUUUGAACUGUGCAGAUCUUCAUUGUUUACAGUAAUGGCACUGCAUGUUCUGGACAUUGUUCUUUCAUUCUAUGUACAUAUGGUACUUCAGUUUGUCUGUGACUGAAUGCGGGAUGGUUUGUUUAUUAACCUUUUUGGCUCCAUUCUUAAUUUGCUUUCCAUCUGAGUUCAAUAAGUAGAAAGAUACAAAAUACAUAAUGCUAUUUCUGAAGC